AUGGAUGCAGAGCAGAAGCCCCACGCCGACCAGGGAGUGCAGCUUCUGGACAUCAGCUCCAACUCGCCCGGGUCUGAACCCAAAGGUGAAGAGGCCAGCGGCCAGCAGGGGAAGCCACCGUACUCCUACGUGGCUCUCAUCGCCAUGGCCAUCAAGGACAGCCCCGACAAGAGGCAGACGCUCAGCGGGAUAUAUGACUACAUCAUCUCCAAGUUCGCCUUCUUCGAAAAGAAAAAAAAAGGGUGGCAGAACAGUAUAAGGCACAAUUUGUCUCUCAACGAGUGCUUCGUCAAGAUGCCCAGGGAUUACGGAGGGGACCGGAAAGGCAACUAUUGGAUGCUGGAUCCCGCGUUUGAGGAUAUGUUUGACAUGGGGAACUACCGGCGGCGGAGGAGGGUGAGGAGACUCUACAACCCGCCGAGCGUGCCUUGGCUGCCGGGGAGCUCCGCGGACUAUCCCGAGCCGCUCUACCUGCAGCCUUACUUAAGCAGCUCGUGGAGUCUGUCCCAACCGACCGCGUACCAGACACCGCAGGUGAUCCCCGGGCACACCCGCAGCGUGUCCCCGAGCGGCCCGGUGAGUUCCUACUGCUCGCCCUCCCACUUCCAUCCCUCCCACUACGGCGCUUACCACCACCACCACCACCCGCCCGUGCUAGUGCCGCACAACGGGUGUCCCUACGGCGCACUGACCCAGCCGAUGAGCCCCAACAGAGGCACCGUGUCGGUGGCAUGCAACUACCAGCAGCUCGCCAGCUAUGCGAGACAAGCGGAGGCGCCGCGCGCGUGUUCAUACGACCAGUAG